AUGGUCUCAUCCCUGCCCCCCCCCCGGAACCAAAUCCCUGUGACGCCAUUGGGCGAACCCAUGACGGGCAGCAAGAACAGCCAAUCAGAUGGCUGGAGCAGCGAGGAUGAGGAUGAUGAGAUGUUUGAAGCUAAUGGUCAGGAAAAUAUAUGUCACCCUUCUAAUGUACAGUGGCAGGGCAGGGCCUCCGGUUCAAAUCCCAAGUCUGAUGGGUAUUUAUUUUGCCGUUGUGCCUUUGAGCAAAGGUACUUAACCACUAAAACUCUCCAGGAGCUCUGCACCAUGGCUUCUUCUUUUUCUAGCACUGUUAAAUGGUUGGUCUAUAAAAACCUUACUACAGGUAGCCUAGCGGUUAAGAGCCUUUGCUCUAAAGCCCGCUGGUUCGAAUCCCCGAGCCGACUAGGUGAAAAAUCUGUCUAUGUGCCCUUGAGCAAGGCACUUAACCUGUAAGUCGCUCUGGAUAAGAGUGUCUGCUAAAUUACUAAAGGCCCACCUAUAGUUUCAGAAGAAGUUGGCCAGCCUAGCCAUGAUCAGUCCAGCUAAGACCAGUCAAUACUCUGGGUCCAGUGUGAAAGCCCAGAUACUACAACAUCAACUAGACCAGCAAGAACUGGUCCGAGAGUUCAUGGUGGGUAUACACUUUGUGUUCCUCACACACACACAAACACACACACAUAUACACGCAAACACACACUUAUGAAGUAUGCUAACCAUAUCAUGCACCUUGGUCUGCCUUUUCAAUAGCAGCAGCAAACAUUUUCAGUUGGUGUUGUUUGUGUUGUGUUGAUUGUGUUGUUUGUUUCAGGCCUUGGAGCAUCUAAAGCCAUCUGAUAACUGUCUGGUGGGGAAAGCUCCUGAGAACCGGGAGAAGAACCACUACCGGGACAUUCUGCCCUUUAAAGUCCCUGUUAAACCAGUUAAACUACAGUCCCUUUUACCCUACUGUGUAGUCUGCACUAGAACUAUCUAAUCUGGGCUGGGGCUGGAGAGAACAGCUGCGGGCCAAAUUGACACAAGACGUCUUAAUGUUGUCAUUUUCUGGUUGUAAGAUUACAACCCAAUGAUCCUUGUUGCAACCAGAUAAAGAGGUAUUUUUCAUGACGAUAUCAAGACAUCAUUGGAAAGAUGUCAUAUUUUGGUUGUUAUCUGGUCAGAUAAUAGUUCAAGAUAAAUCUGCAUUUCAAACAACAACAAAGUGGUUCACCCCGCCACUGAUAUGGUAAACAGCUGAGGGAUGGGGCUGGAGAAAUGUAACCACUCUCAAAUUCAUAGAUAGCGCUAUGGAUGCAAGGACUUACCAUCCAUGAGAUCAAAUGUACAGUUCUAGCCAUGUUUUGAGGCUAUACAGUGUUUGUUUACAAUGACAUUGGUUACAAACAUUGGAGUAAAACAAGCUUUUAUUUUGGGUUCUGAUGGGGUACCGCAGUUGGACUAAGCUCAUGAGGCAUUCACAAGUUAUAUUCUUCAAGAAUCAAUGGGUAUACAGUAUAUCAUUAAUUUAAAAGUCCAGAAAUUGAGGUAGCAAUCGCAGAUUGCCACUUUAAAGACAUCAACAAAACGUCCUUUUACAACCAGACCAUAAUAUCGUCAUUGCAACCAGUUUUGCUCGCUGGGCAGUGUUCACUCAAAUCUUAUCCCUUAUUUUAUGACUUCCCAUAUUUAGGAUAUUUAUUUUCACUCACACUCUCACAAAUGAAACAUUUCUAGUCAGCAUGUUUACAGUGUUGACUGAACACUAUUACCUGAGAGGAAACUGCUACAGCGCUCCUGUAUACAGCAGGUAGUGACAGGAUGGAGUGUGGCAGAAGGUAUACAUUUACAGGUGAACAGUGGAGCACUUGACUCCAUAGAACACACACGCACACACACACACUGGACUACAUCCGACACGGCAAUUAAAUGAAACUAAACCGAUUUCUGUGGUAAUUUACAGCUGUGUGAGUGAUAGGUGAGGCAAGUCUGCUUGUCAGAGACUUCUCUCCCUCUUACAAGCUGGAGACAGAAGGUUCUCCAAACAUAUAGUCCUAAAAACACUUAUACAGUUUAGCACGUUGGAGGGUUUGUGAACAUUGUUAUGGGAAAAGCUCUGCUCCCCAAAUGCAUGCACGCACACUAGGGCUGGGCGAUGUGUUCAAAAUAUCAUAUAAUUAUAUUUUUCACAUUUUUGACAGUAUUUGAUUUUUUUGAAAAAUAAAAGUUAUACAUUUGCUUAAUGAGUUGUGCAUGACCCUAGGUUGGCAACACAUACAUUUUAAGUGAUUUCAAUGGGGGUUUCCCCAUUCUGAUUGUUUCAUACUGUUCACUCAAACUUCAACCAUUGAAAAAUAAUUUCCACACUGCCACGUAGGGCUGCACAAUAUGGGCAAAAAAUCUAGGCAUUAUUUUUAACCAAAUAUUGCUAUUGCGAUUUGACUUGCGAUUUAGAUCAAAACACUUCGGUGAUCUGUUGAAAUUCUGGAAGUAGAAUCAUUAUUCUAAUUCUAUAGUUAGAAUGCAAUAGUGGCCAUUUGAAUACAGUGUUGUUUGACAUGACAAUGAAUGAUAGAUCCAGGGAGACGUUCAUAUAAUUAGGAAUUAGAAUACUAAUAGGAUCUCUAUGGAUCUCUAUUGUGACAGGGUAAGAACCAAAGUGUUGGUCAGUGUUUCCCAGGGGAGUGGGACCUUAUAAUCUUUGGCUACAUUAAAUGUUGUAUCUUACUUCAUGUAGCUAAUAUAUUCAUGCUUUGCCUAUUUCUGUGAUUUAUAAGGUACUGUUGCACAAACAACAUGCUGAUUUAGGCCUACACCAGCACUACUCAGGCUGUAUUAGCUAGCUAUGUUUGCACUGACUCAGUACACUAGCCAGCUACCUAGCAAUUAGCAUUAGUGGCAAACAUAAUUUAUUUAGCCACAACUUGAUAAGAAAAGACAACUACCUGUUUGCAGACAGUAAUAUACACAAACGAAUAGUGCAAUUCUAGAACGCUUGUGGAUUUAUAUUAAGAAGCAAAGUAGAAAGCAGCAUCGUUGUCAUCAACAUAUUGGUGCAUCUGCUGCAUUGACCAUGCAGACUGAAGAGUGAACGGUCAGCUAGUGAUCUCGUCAAAGACAGUACUCUGUGAUCUCGUGGUCAAGCAACAACAACUGCGCUCCUUGAGUGAGGGGCGAGGCUUGGUGAGAGAGGGAGAGUGUCGUCCCUAGUUACCACAGCCACAAAGUCAUAAUUAUGGCUAAACGCUGCUUAUUUCUACAAUGUUCUUCAAAUCUGAUUUUAAACCUAACCCUAACCUUCCCUAACCUUAACCAUACCGCUAACUGCUUUAUUUUCAUGACUUUUUACGAUAUAGCCAAUUUUGACAUUGUGGCUGUGGUAACGAGUGACAACCGAGGGAGAGAGGUGACUCAAGUAGCAGAAGUAAACUAUAAAAAUGGAGCGGUGUAUCACAAACCAAACAUUGAAAUACCAUUAUAGAAGGUAAAGUAAAAACCCAAACCGAUCCGUGCAUCAAUACUGGUAUAUAGUUAAAUACGGUAUACCGCCCAGCCCUAACGUACACACACACACUCACACAGUGGAGUGUUUACUUUUCUCACUCUGGGAGUUCUGUUUCUAUCUGCUGAGUCCAACUAUAAAGCCUUGGCUUCUGUUGAGAUUUGACUGAGAGAGAAGACCGAGGGAAGAAGGGAUGUAGUGAGGAAGAGUGAGGGGUGAUGGAGGGAUGAGGGUUUGAGUGGUGAGACUCCCGAUCUCCAUCAGACCCCCUUGUGAGAUAGACCACAACAUUCCUCUCCUUCUCUUCUCCUCCCUCUCUCCAGCCAUCACUCCGCUCCUCUUUUCUCACCCUCUGUCUAUCAUGACUCUCCUCCCACGUAGUUUACUCCCCAGUGCCCUCUCUUUAUUCGUUAAUCUGUGUUUUCUCCUCUAUGUUGUUUACUCUGUAGUAUUUACUAUUCCCUGGACUGGACUGUUCCUGGUAAAACAACAACACAGCAUUGUUAGACUGUUGGCCAGUGGAACACACUGGUCGCCUCGUAAAACGUGUGUGUGUGUGCAAUAUAUCUCUGACCUGAAUGUGUUGGGAAAUGCUGUUUUAUUAUUCUAUUUUGGAAAACUACUGAGGAAUGUGUGUUUCACUGGACUUUCCAUGGAAAAUAAAUGUGGUGUACAACCGUAAUCAGACAGAAUGUUUGUGUUUAUAAACCUCCUAAAAUGGUUUAUGGGUGUUAAGUUGUCCUCAGAGUUAACUCCCGUAAUGAGGAAACAUGGUUAGGGAAGGUUGUGAAACUGACCAGAGAGUAUAUGGCAUAGAAAUACAAUUAUAUUUGUAUGAUAUAUGAUGUGUUUUAUUAUAGUAGUACACAGUGACUUUAUCUCUCUUCAUGAAUCUGUCCUGUUUCAUCCUGGUUAUCCUGAGAACCAGACUCCUCUCUCAUCAUGUAAACAUUAAAACAACCUGAAUGACUGAAUGUAUCCCCUGUCCUCCUCAUAUACACUGUCUCUAACUCAUUCCUCCCUAGUUCUCUUCCUGAUAAGAUGUCACAAGACUUACAUCUGACCGUUUCUCUGAUUCAGAUUAUUUUGUUAGUCAUUUGGAAAAUAUGUCCUCCUCACACACACACAGGACUAUAUAACUAACUCUCUCUGCCCCUCUCUACCCCCCUCUCUCACUCUCUUCUCCCACUCUCUAGAUGAUAAGACUUAUGUUCCAGUGUGUGAUAACCAGGACUAUAUUAAUGCCAGUUAUAUCCGUAUAGAGGUUGGCAGUGAGGAGUUCUUCUAUAUCUCCUGCCAGGGUCCUCUGCCCUCCACCGUGCCCGACUUCUGGCAGAUGGUCUGGGAGAACAGGUCUGUGGUCAUUACUGUGUUGUGAAAAGUGUUUACAUACAGUACAUGACAUCAGUGCAUACACAAACGUUUCGAACGACAUUGUUUUGACAGAAAAUUAGCAGUUCAUAUAGUCCCUCCCUGUUUCAGUCUGUUUUCUUCUGUUUGCUGCCUAAUGAACACAUCCAUGGUGUGUCAGUGCUGACCUCUAACUAAAAUCUUAUAGUAUACAAUUGAACAGUACAAAGUUGUUAACAACCCUCCUCCCCCACUUCCUAGGUCUGAUUUGAUAGCCAUGAUGACCCAGGAGGUGGAGAGAGGCAGGGUGAAGUGUCACCGCUACUGGCCAGAGAGGGUCAGCUGUCCCCUGGACACGGGACGCUUCCAUCUCAGCCUGGAGAACCAGCAGAUCCAGGAAUACUUCCACAUCAAGAUCAUCCACAUGGUGGAGAAAGAGGUGAGGGGGAAAUGUGUAGCUGAAAUGUGUCAAGCAUGAAUUAGCAUGAGUAUAAUGUGCCAAUUUUGUAUCUACUAAAUCCAAUGGAAGUAGUUUUGAAGGAUGCACAAUCUCUCUCAUUUCAAUUAAGUCGUCCAUAAGCCACUGUCGUUUCUGCUGUCUCUUAGAGGGUUUAGGCCCUGGUUUCUGUUAUAUCAAAACGCAUUUGUAAAAAUAUUACAAUUUGACAUUUUAUUGAUUGAUCAGUUGAUUGAUAUCUGUUCCCUCUUCCUGUUCCAGUCUGGUAAGACCCACUUUGUCCGUCACCUGAGAUUUACCCAUUGA